AUGACUAGCCAGCCAGUACCAGUGCCCACGAGGAAUAACCACCUCGCCAGCCCCAACAGCGACCUGGCUCCAUUGGCCAAGUCACCUCCCAACCAGACGUCCACCAUCGAGUACGCGUCCUCGGCACCCUUCCCUCCCUCGUCAUCCAAGCAUGCGCAGGACGGCACAGAAGACGAGAGCGUCCCAGACCACCUGUAUGCCAAGCUGCCCAAGCAGUACCUCGAGAAGGGCCCCAACGGCCAGGAUGUCCCCGACUACCUGCGCAUGAUCUUGACCUCCAAAGUCUACUCGGCCCCGCUCAACCUCCAGGAGACUCCCUUGACGUACGCGGCCAACCUCUCCAAGCGGUUGGGUUGCGAGAUCUGGCUCAAGCGCGAGGACCUGCAGCCCGUCUUCUCGUUCAAGAUCCGCGGCGCGCACAACAUGAUGGCCAGCUUGACCGAGGAGGAGAAGAAGAAGGGUGUCAUCACCUGCAGUGCCGGCAACCACGCGCAGGGCGUCGCCCUGUCGGGCAAGGCGCUCGGCAUCUCGUCGACCGUCGUCAUGCCAUUGGCCACGCCGAGCAUCAAGGUGAACAAUGUCCGCAGGUUGGGCGGCAACGCCGUGCUCCACGGCCACGACUUUGACGCCGCCAAGGCCGAGUGUCUCCGCCGCGCCAAGGAGGAGGGCCUGACCUUUAUCCCGCCCUACGACGACCCUUACGUCGUCGCCGGCCAGGGCACUAUUGGCAUGGAGAUCUGCAGGCAGGUCGCCGACCCCAACAGCCUCGACGGCGUGUUCGCCGCCAUUGGCGGCGGCGGCCUGUUGGCCGGUAUUGCCGCGUACUUGAAGCGCGUGACCGGCCCCGAGACCAAGGUGUUUGGUGUCGAGACGGUCGACGGUGACGCCAUGGACCGCUCCCUCAAGGCUGGCAAGCGUGUUCUUCUCGACGAGGUGGGACCGUUUGCCGACGGCACGGCCGUUCGUCUCGUUGGCGAGGAGCCCUUCCGCGUCUGCAAGGAGCUCAUUGACGGCGUCGUCAUUGUCGACAACGACGAGAUCUGCGCUGGUAUCAAGGACGUCUUCGAGGAGACCCGCUCCGUUCCCGAGCCAUCAGGCGCGCUCGCGCUCGCCGGCCUCAAGGCCCACAUCAUGCGCAACGGCCUGCAGGGCAGCGGCAAGAAGUUUAUCGCCAUCGUGUCGGGCGGCAACAUGAACUUUGGCCGUCUGCGCUUCGUCGCCGAGCGCGCCGAGAUCGGUGAGCGCCGCGAGGUGCUCAUGUCGUUCCAGGUGCCCGAGCGCCCUGGAUCGUUUGUCAAGCUGCACAACUACCUCAACCCGCGUGCCGUCACCGAGUUCUCGUACCGUUUCUCGCCCGGUCUGCGCGGCCACAUCAUCUGCUCGUUCUACCUCAAGGCGAGCUCGUCGUCCGCGUCUGGCCCCUCCCCCGCCGAGCGCCAGAAGGAGGUCGACACCAUCAUCUCCGACCUCGGCGGCAUGGGCAUCGAGGGGCGCGACCUUACCGACAACGAGUUUGCCAAGUCGCACGUCAGGCAUCUUGUCGGCGGCCGCGCCAACGUCGAGCACGAGAGAGUCUUCCGCUUUGCCUUCCCCGAGCGCCCUGGAGCUCUCGCCCGCUUCCUCGCCAGCCUCAAGCCAGACUGGAAUAUCUCCCUUUUCCACUACCGUAACCACGGCGCCGACGUCGGCAAGGUCCUCGUCGGCCUCCAGGUGCCGCCUGGCUCGGAGGGCGCGCUGUCCGAGUUCCUCGAGCAGCUCGGCUACCCCUGGGUCGAGGAGACGGACAACAUUGCCUACCAGUACUUCAUGUGCCCCGGCGCCGCGGCGAGCGGUGCUGCCACCCCUACUGCUUAG